AUGCAAUAAUUUUAUGACACAGAUCUCCAAAGUGAACAUCCACCUUCGGAUAUUUUGAGUGAAAAGGACAUCCCUAAGGAAAAAUUACAUAAGCAAAAAAUGCUUGUAAAAAAGGAAUUGCUUCACGUAAAAAAGGAAGUCAGAUAAAGAGGCAUUAGCUAUGAAAAACCAGCUUAUUAUGAUAAAGUAAAAAUAGCAAUCAUAGAAAUAACUGAAGAGGAAUACAAUAAUGGAGAUGAGAAAUUAAUUCUAGAAAAUGCUAAAAUAGUGGAAUAGCACAUAUUAUCUCCACAAAAUGAUAGGUGGAUUGAUAAGGCAUUGUAGUCGAUGAAAAAACAGGAGAUUAGUAUUUAUAUUCAAGAACAUUUAAAACAUGAUGAAAAUUAAAUGAAAGUUUUGGAUUACAAAGUGUACACUCUAAUUUAAAUGAUCGACUGGUAAAUCAUAGUCGAUCUCUUUUAAGAUUAAACCUAUUUAAAGUACAUUCUUCAACUGGGCAAGGGGGGAGAUCGUUGCGAAAUACUUGAUGAAAUUAUUUAUGAGAUAAAGAUUUUUUAAGGCGAGAAUUUGCUAUUUACCGAUUCUUAGGAUGGUCCAUCACCCAUAAAGCUAAUAAAGUCCAAAGUAGUGUAUUAAAUUUUAAAGACUAUGAAAAAUAAGGAGCUUUCAUUGUGUCAUAUAAAACAUGACUCUUAUUUGUAGAAUGAAAAUUAGGAAUUCCUACAAUCAUUAAAUUAUGAUAAAGAAGCUAAAGUUGAUUGGAAAGUCGAAAUAAACGUGAAAACCUUAUUCAAGAUUGACGAUUUAUAUGGCGAUGGAAUUCUAAUCAAGACUACUAUGUAUAGAAGUAGAAACACCGCAAAACCUGAUAAAGUGUCACUAAUAGAUUUCGAUAUGUGGAUUUAUUCGAUGUCAACAGACCCUUAUCCAAAGAAGGAAAAUCUAUUAUAUUCAUCCACAGAUGAAGAUCCUAUCUAUGAUAGAAUCGAAGCAAAAAAACAUAAUGACGAGGAUGAGGAACCCAGUCAGGGUAGUCUAUCAUUGUAUAUUGAUGAUCUAAAAGUAUCAAAGUUAAUGAGACUUGCUCUUUUGAGAAUGAAAAAGAGGGAACUAAGCAUAAUUAGAUGUUAUGAAACCAAGGAUCUUAUAAAAAAUGGGAUUGAUUAUGAGGGAAUGAAAGGAAUGAUUGAAAAGGAGCUCAUUUAUGUGAUAUAUGUUCAUACAUUCAGCGAGGGUAAGAAUAACUUCAGCAUGACGAUUGAUGAGAAGAUUGAAUAAGCCAUCAGGAAAAAACAAAUCGGGUUGAAAUGGAUUUCUUAGUAAAAUUAUAGAAAAGCAUUAAAAGUAUUCAAAACCAUUAAUGCCUAUUUUGAUUAUGGAACAUUCACAGAGGAUGAUAAAGAGAAAAUGAGAGAAGUAUCUUAAUUAUAUCUAAGUAGUUUCAAAUAUCAUCGUUACUAAAUUCUUCAUUGUGUAUGAUGAAACUCAAGGAAUGGAAGGACAUGAAAAUAGUAUGUGAGAAACUAUACAAAUUAGAUAGCAAAAAUUAGAAGGUUGUUUAUAGAUAUUGUUAUGCUUUGAUGAAUUUGUAUGAGUAUGAGGAGGCUUUGCAAAUCAUUACAGAAGACAAUGAAGAUUUAAUUAAACUUAAGAUGGAAAUCAAAUAGCUAUAUUCUUAAUAUAAAAAUAAGGAGAAAUAAAUGUAUUAGAAAUGGUUAUCUUGA